AUGUUGUUUUAAUAAAUAUGGAUGGAUUUAAAAGAAUCUAUGAAUACUUCCUAUUACACCAGUUUUAUUUAUCUCUCUAUUGGAGCUAUAUUAAAUACUUCUCCGCUUUUGGAAAUGUAUUACCUAUUUCUUAAAUAGAUAUCUAAAAAUUUCUGAUAAGAACAACUAUUAACAAAAUUAGCUUUACUUAAUAUUGGACUCCUUAAAUGUUGGCAAGUAUUUAUUAAAAUCCUCAAUACUACAUUCAAUUUAUAUUUUAAUUAUAUUUGCUUUUAAUAUAUUUAUUGUCAUUUUGUUUAUCAUCUUGUAUUACAUAAAGAAAAAAAAUGCUAAAACUAAUGUUGCAUUUACUAUUUAUGGCUAAGUAAUUUAUGAAAAAUAAUUAUAUAGAUAAUUGAAUAUUUCAUAUAACCUUAUUUUUGGUCAAUUAAUGGAUUUUUAUUAUAAAUCUAAAAUACUUAUUUGGAAUAAAUACAAAAUUUAGCUUUUAUUAUUCUUGAUUGUAUUGCAAUCCUUUUGUAACUAUUAUUUUUAAUAAUCCUUAUACUUUUUCUGCAUUAUGAUCAUUCAUAAAAAAAAAACUUUUUAAAAAUAAAUUCCCCAAAAACUUUACUAUUUUAUAUAAUAACUAUCUAUUUUAGUAGCUGUUUAGAGUUGUUUAUAAAUUCUAGCAGUAAAUUGAGUGUAAUUAUCAAUUUUAUUAAAAGAUAGCAUUUCCUAUAGUAUUGGCUUUCUUAUUUUUAAUACUUUUUACAUAAAUGCAUUAGGAUUUACCUGUUUUCUCAAAUAAAUAUUUAAACAAUUAUUUUUAGAUUAUAAUUAGUAUAUAAUUUGCGCUUGCUUUAAAUUUGUUAAUAUCAUACUUUAUCAACUUAUUUGAGGAUCGUUAUUGUAUGUAAGUUCUAUUAACCUUUAUACUUUUGAUUAAAUUAAAUUCAAAAAUAAGAUAAUAUCUAAUAUUAAGUUCAAUCACUAAUUAUAGUAUUACAAAAAUGAUAGAUUAAAGAACAAUAGUAUAUUUGAAAUAAGAUCCAUAAAAUAUAUUUUUAUUAAGAGGCAUUAUACAUCUUCAUUAAUCUUUGUGUGUAAAUAUAAAUUGCUUUUAUCGUUUAAAAACUAUAUAUAAGAUAAGUUCAAAAGGAAAUAAAAAAAUAUAUAUUAAUAGAGAUGCAAUCUAUGAAAAUAUUGGUAGAAUUUCUACUUUUUUCUUAAAAUGUACAUAUGAAAAUGCAUAAAUUAAAACAUAGGAUUAAAAUAUUAAGAUUCUUUUAAUUGAGUUAUUGUGUUAUAAAUUAAAAUUGUAUUCUGAAAGUUUGAUAUAAAUUGAUAAAUUAAAUUAAGAUAAAUUAAAUUUACUUUAACGAAUAAAUGUAAUAAACAUUAGAUUGAUAAUUUCUAGACUAAUAAAAUAAAAGAAUGAAUAAUCAUAUAAAUCUAAGUUACCAUUUGAUUAAUUAUUAUUAUGUGAAUCAUAUAUUAAAGAAACAGUAGAAAUUAUGAUGAAUAUUUUUGGAUGUUAAUUAUAGUUUUGGAAUUACUUAUUAAAUGAAAAAAUUAAAUUAGUUGAUGAAUUAUCUCUUUUAAAUUAAAUAAGUUAAUUAAUAAAAAAGUUUUAAAGAUUAGAGAAAUUAAUAUUAAGUUUACAUUAUAAUCACAAAGUUCCAAUUAGAAAUAAAUAAUGGUUUAAUUACUUUUUCUUUAAAUUAUUUAUUUUAAAUAAAAAGUUAAAAUUACAAGAAUUAGAAUUAUUACCUGAUUAUUAAAUUAAUUUAGAAUAAAUUUUAAAAGAUGAUUAGAUAGAUGAAAAAUCAUCUGAUGAGGAACCAAUUAAUUAUUAUUAAUAAAAGUUUUUAAUCUCUGGCAAUACUUUUGUAAUUUAAAUUAAUUAAGCUGGUAUUAUUAAGAAUUGUACAAAUAAUACAUUUUCAAUAUUAAAUUACACUAGAUAAGCUUUAGUAAAUAGUUCUGCUUCUAUUUUAAUGCCACAAAUGUUUAAAUAGAAUCACUCUUAAUACAUAAAUCAUUUUUAAUAAACUGGACAAUCUUUUAAUUUAUACAAAAGAAAGAAAGCAUUCUGUAUGCAUGAUUCAGGUCAUAUUGUAAUUGUCUAUAAGUAUUUGAAAUAUAUUUAUAAUUAUAUUUCAAAUUAAAUUGAAUAUAUAGCCAUGUUUAGAUAAAUUUAAACUAAAUAAGAAUAUUUAUUAUUAAAUGAAGAUUGGGAAGUAGACUCUUGUACUUAAUUAUUAUAAGAUAUAAUAGGAAUAAAGUCAUUAAGUUUAUUUAUAUUGGCUCCUAAAACUAUUGUUUAUUCUUAAUAUGAGAAAUUUUUGACUAAAGAGAAUAAAGAAUUUUUUAGUUUAAAUGCUCCAAAUUUAGAAAAGAAUUUAUCUCGUCUAUUUUAUACAUAACAUUCUUCUCCUAUGGUUAGAGGUUCUUUAACUUCAAGCAAUGGAUAGAUAUCUAUAUUAUAAAAUUAAGUGGAAAUGAAAAAGAGCUUUCAAAAUUUUUUAAAUUAAGAUGAUGUUAUUAAUAUUGAGGAUCAACAAAAGUCAAAAGUAAAAUAAGUUUUGUUCAAUUUAAGAGUUCCUAAAUAAAAGUAUGAAUUAGUUUAAGAAUUUUAAUAAAAAUUAUCUGAAUCUUAUAAGUAAGCAAUAUAUUCAGAACCUUUUCGAAAAAAAUUAAUAGUAAAAAAUGAAUCUGGAAAAUUUAAAAUAGUAAGAAGUGAAUUUAUAAGGAGAUGUAAAGUUUAUUAAGAAAUUAUUAGGAAAGAGAAAUUUCAAAUAAUAAGUAUGUUAAUUAUAUUAAAAAUAGAGGAACUUUUUUUAAAGUAUACAUAAUCUGAAGAUUGUGUUGAUAAGAUAUUAAGAAUAGAGGGGACAUUAAAAUUAGAAAAGACUUCAUAAUCUAAUAAAUAUAUUUUAAUUAAAAUAGUAAGAACUGAAUUGAUUGAAGAAAAUCCUUUACCUUAAAGAUAGAAUAGUUGUUUUACUUUAUCAUUUUAAGCACCUUAAAUGAUAUCUUCGGUAUAGUAUUGAAUCUAUCUUAAGUAGCCAACUAAAAGAACAUCUGUUACACAAUAAAGUCCUAGAAAUUUAUGUAUUACAGUUAAUGGUAUUUUUUUUGGUAAUAAAUAGGAGAUUAAUUUGAUUUAUAUUCAAAUAGAGAGUCUAUGGGAAAGGUAUUAUUACAAGAAAUUUAAGUUAAUUAAGAUUUUGAUUAAAAUGAUCAGUAUAAAAAUAUCAAUUUUAUCACUUGUAAUAGUGAUUUUUUAAAGGAGGAUACAAAUAAAAUAGAAAAAGAUAAUCCAUCUAUUGUUUAAUAUGAAUAUAUUAGUAGAUUCAUAUUUAUUUUGCAAAUUUUGAUAGUAUUUUUAAGUUUCUUUAUGACUUCAUUUAUUUACAACACAAGUACAUUAGAAGAAUCAGUAAUUAAUAAUUAAUAUAUAUUUAGAUAAUCUUAGUUGAUUAUCUUUUUCAUUAUUAAAUAAUAGUAGCAGAAUCUUAUAAUGCUUAAAUAGAUGUAGAAUUGUUUAAUAGAAAUUACACUUAUUCAGAUUUAACAAAGGGAGAUUUGAUUGGAUAUUAAUCAAAAGAGGAAUUUUAUGAAUUUAAUUAAAAGAUAACUUAAAAAUGUGGUGAUUACAUGUAUUAUGUUUUUUGGGAACCAAAUUUUUUGAAAAUGUUAUAUGAGAAUUUUCAUAGUAACUCUAAUGAAAGUGGAUUAGAUAUUCAAACAGUUUAUUAAGCUAAUAUUUAUCUAUUAAAUAUGCUUUCAUCUUCAGAGUUUAAAGAGGAUUUUGGAAUUGCAGAAACAUUUCGUUAGUAUAUGGUAUAUAAUAAAUAUUAUAAGUUAGUUACCAUAAUUUUAAUAAGUUUAAGCAAGUUCAAUUAAUCAUUUAUUAAAUUAAGGUUUAGGAUUCUAAGAAAUUUCUAAUUCAAAUUUCAUACUAUUUCUAAUAUUAUAGACUAUACUAUAAUUAGCAAGUUUAUUAUAUUUAAUAAGAUUCCAAUUUUAAAUAUAGAAAUAAUAUAAUGUAUAAAUUUAUUUCAUUUUUUCAAGGUCUUAUUUAGAGUUUAGGCUAUAAUACCAUUUAAAGAGAAGAUUGCUAUCAUCAACAAAAUCAACACAACCAUAAAUUAGUUUUGUUAUGUAACAAAUUAUGAAUGUAAAUUAUUAUAUUUAGUAUUUUUAAAGAUGGAAACAUAUAAUAAUUUAUAUCUAUGAAUAAAAAUAGCCCUUUGAGUAAAGCAAUAUCUAAAAGAGAAAGUACUAGUAAAACAAUUUUUGAUAAAAAGAUAUUGGAUACAGAAAAAUAUAUUGAAUAAAUAGAGAAUAAGACAAAAAUCAAGUUUGAAUAGGUAUCACUUCUAUUCAGUUUAAAAGUAAUGUGAUUUUUAAUAUUACUAGAAAAUAGUUGUCAAAAUAAUAGUGAAUCUAUUGUUAAUAGCAUUAAUAAGUAUUGCUGGAGUAGUUACAAUUUAUUUUACAAUUAAUAAUAUAGAAUUGUUUAAUAAGAAUUAAUUUAUGUUUAAUAGUUAAAAUGCUUGGAUAUUACCAGCUUUAAAAGAAAUUUAUACUAGUUAAUAAUAUAAAGAAUAUUCUUUUAAUGAUACAAAUGCUUUUAUAAUACUUCAAGCUUAUUUUAAUUAAAUAUCAUCUGAAUUUCCAGUAUAUUAUCAAUCUGAUAUUGAUUAAAUAAUCUAUUUUUUUGAUAAUAAUAUUUGUGAUGGGGACAGUAUUAAUUUAAUAUAUCCUCUUAAGCUUAAAUAGAUAUUGAUUAAUGUGCUCUUAGUAUUAAUGGAGGAUUAACUAGAGGAAUCAGAGAAUAUGAUUAUUUACUUUCUUAGGUAGCACUUAAAUUGUUAAUCCCAAAUGAUGAAAGAUAUGAAAAUAUUACAUAUUCAACUAUAUAUGAAUUUAAUAAGGUAUUAGUAUUAUUAUAAUUUAGCUAUAUUAUUUUGUUUUUGAUCAUUACAUUCUUGCAAAGGAUAUAUGGGUUUAAGUCUCGAAAACAACUUUAGAAAAACAUGAUUAAGUAAGCUUAAUUUUAUUGUAAAUUAUAAUAAAAAAUAUGAUAGAAUAACUGUUAUAAUGGGAAUUUGUCUUUAUUUUAUAAUAUUUAAUGAAAUUGGAUAUGUAUUGAUUAAAAAGAAAGAGUACAAAUUUAUAAAAAUGUUUUAUAAAUCAUUCAUGCCAAAUGUCUCAAUUAAUUAGUAAAAACGAUUAAGAGUUGAAUUAAUCAAAGCAAGAUUCAUAAGAAAAUGA